CAUCGUGAUCCAAGAGCAGGGGUUCAUCUAUGCUGUUUAUCCUCACUCUUGACCCAAACACGCAUGGCCAGCCUCCGAACAAGGUACAUUCCAUCAGAAUAGGCGGCACGUAGAAGAAGCUCGCGCGUGCUAUAUAGUGGUCGAUAGGGCAAGGCAGGUUCAGGCGGCGAAGUGAAGCGGACGGAUAGGAUAGGCAGCAUUCAAACAGCGUCAAAUCAGGUCGCCAAAAGGCAUUCCGUUCGGGAGCGGAAGGCUCAUUCAGAGUUGGAGCGCAGGUCCUCAUUGCCUGCCGGAGAAGGAGAUCGCGCACAGUCACCGAGUCGUAAAGUCGCCUCAUUGCUCGAGCCGAUGCUACAAGGAUGAGCAGUGGCCCCUCGCCUCUUGUCGACUUCAUUGCCGGCACUGCUGGAGGCGUUGCAUCUCUACUUGCUGGUCAUCCCUUCGAUACCGUCAAGACCCGGCUGCAGACUCAAAGCUCCGCAGCACAGGCAAGCUACGCUGCCCCUGCGUUUCCUCAAGAAGGCGCGCACGAUGGGUCUGCAAGGCGGACGUACCGGUCUGCGACGCAUGCCUUUCGGGUCAUUGUGCAGGACGAGAAGCUAUUUGGGCUUUACAAAGGUGUCACAUCGCCGAUGCUUGGCGUCGCCGUGAUGAAUGCCUCUGUCUUCGGGGUGUACGGCCUUGCGAUUCGCUGUUUACAAGCCAGCGCUCUUUUCGGCCAUCGGGACGAUGCAGAGGUGUACCCGGCAGAACCAAGCCUUGCGCAAGUGUUCCUUGCUGGCGCUGCAAGUGGCGUGAUCUCAGCCCUCAUCACGUCCCCCAUCGAGCUGAUAAAGAUCAGGGAACAGCUUGACUUCACACCCAAGGCGUCCUCGUCCUCAUAUGCUUUGAGACCUUCGUCAACUAUGUCGGUCGUUCAGGCGAUCUGGAGGGAAGGUGGCUUGCGAGCGAUAUAUAGAGGUCUCGGGGCCACCUGUGUUCGUGAUGUAGGCUAUGGCCCUUACUUCUUCACAUACGAGUGCCUCAACCGUUGGAUCCUUACAACUCACGAUCAACCCCUGCACGCCUCAGCGCUCGAAGGCGGCUUGAGCAAUGUGGAAUUAGCCUUGUCCGGUGCCAUCGCCGGUGUCGUCGGGUGGAUCUCAACAUUCUGGGCGGACACUGUCAAGACGAGAAUACAAGCGUCCAAGUUGCCCUUGCAAUCACGAGCUGGAGAUGCUGGCGUGGCAUGUGCAGACAGAACGCGGCUUCUUGGAGGCGAACAACAUUCUGAGGGUUCGGUUGCGCACGACCGAUCGCGCGGUUUCAUCGCGCAAGCUCGAAGCGUACAUCAAGAGGGCGGAUUGAGAGGUUUCUGGAAAGGCGCAGGUCCGACAAUUCUCCGAGCCAUACCCGUCAAUGCAACGCUCUUCAUUGUUUACGAAGCUACCAAGGACGCGCUCAUAAAUUGGGGAAUGUAGCUGUAUUCUCAAGUGAUCGAGCACUCGCGUCCUUGCCUCAACCAGCACAGCUGCAUCUUUUCGGAUUUUGUUCACAAAGCAAUCCUUGCUUGCGCAACUUCAGAUGCGCCAAGUCGUGCGCAAGUGCGUGCUGAAUGUAUCUAUUUCUC